AUCAAUCAGGAACACGUAGAAUAUUCAUUCUGCACAUGUGCCAUUGGACAAAGUGGAUAUUGCGGCCAUGUAACAGCGCUACUCUACCAAAUAGCCUUUUAUAAACUGAUGAAAUAUAAGCUUAUUCCAACAGAUAUUGCAAGAACUUCAUUACCCCAAACGUGGCAUGUUCCAAGAGGUGAAAAACUACAGGGAGAAAAGGUUGACAAUAUUGUUGUGCAAGGGUACGACCGGAAUAACCCACAGAGAGCUACAAAAGGAAUUAAGUCAACCUUAUAUAAUCCUAUAUGUGGAGAGGAGGAAUUGGAUGUGAAUGGGUUUUUGGAUGAAAUCAAGGACCUAAACAUCAUGUUUAACACAUCAGUAGAAAAUUCAACAGAAAGGGUGCAGACAAAAUUUGGCAAUUUUCAAAAAGGAAGUGUACUCAGCUAUCAGCAGAAGUUAGCAACUGAUUAUGUUCUUAAUCUGAUGGAAGUUAAUGACUUUCCAAAUUUGCCAGUGAGGAAUGUAAUGAAGGAUAAUGUGUCAUAUGUACUGAGUGAAAAUCAAGUAAAAAAAUUUGAUUCCUUGAAAUUAACAGAGCUUGAGAGCAUUGAAAUGGAGGAAAGCACCCGGGAGCAGUCGAAUGAUCCGAAGUGGCAUAAACUGCGGCAUGCUAGAAUCACAGCUUCAUCAUCAGGGGAAAUUGCCAAGCGACGGGCAGAUGGCAGAAAACUAGCAGAGAGGUUACAAACAGCUAGACGUUUUCAGUCUGCUGCUAUGAAACGUGGCAUUGAGACUGAAGGUGUUGCUGCUCAAGCAUAUAGUGAGAAAAUGGAUAACAAUGUUAAUCUGUAUCCUUGCGGAGUGGUUGUUAGUCCUUUUUCUCAUUGGUUGGCUGCAACUCCAGACAGGAAAGUUUACUGUCCAUCAAGGGAUCCACCUUUUGGAUUGCUAGAAAUAAAGUGCCCGGACACUGACGACUUGUCAAAAGUGAAAUGUCUUCGAGAGGACAAUGGACAAUUAAAAUUAAAAACAAACGAUAACUACUAUUACCAAGUUCAAAUGCAAAUGGCUGUAACAGGAUUAGAGUGGUGUGAUUUUUAUGUAUGGUUGGAAAAUGUAUCGCACUUGGAAACAAUUUAUUUUAAUGAGCAGUUCUGGCAAUGUGCAAAAGACAAAUUGGAUUUAUUUUUUCUGACUUAUUAUUUGGAAUAAAAUUUGUAUUUCAGUUAUUUGCUAAAUAUGUGAUAUUGUUAGAUGAAAUAAGAACAAAAAAUGUGAAACAUAAGUUUUAUUUUUUCUGCUUUAUUAAUGGCCUUCUGAAUAACGUAAG